GGGAGGUCAAAGGUCAGAGGUAAAGAAAUCAUGGCGGCGCUGUGUUGGACCCGUGCUGUGGCAGCCGAGAGCCAUUUUCUGCGAGUGUUUCUCUUCUCCAGGCCCUUUCGGGGCGUAGGCACUGAGGGUGGAUCCGAAAGUGGGAGUUCCACUGCCACAGAACCUAAGAAGCGCCUAGGCGGUUUCGCGAGCGCGUUGGAGCGGCAGUCGGAGCUUCUGCAGAAGGUGGAGCUCGGGCGGGGCUCUCCAAAAAAUGUGGAAUCCUUCGCAUCUAUGCUGAGACGUUCUCCUCUUACACAGAUGGGACCUGCAAAGGAUAAACUGGUCAUUGGACGGAUCUUUCAUAUUGUGGAGAAUGAUCUUUACAUAGAUUUUGGUGGAAAGUUUCAUUGUGUAUGUAGAAGACCAGAAGUGGAUGGAGAGAAAUACCAGAAAGGAACCAGGGUCCGGUUGCGGCUAUUAGAUCUUGAGCUUACAUCUAGGUUCCUGGGAGCAACAACAGAUACAACUAUACUAGAGGCUGAUGCAGUUCUCUUAGGAAUCCAGGAGAGUAAAGACUCAAGAUCAAAAGAAGAACAUCAUGAAAAAUAAAUGAACUUUGCUUAGUGGAUUCACUCCUUUGCUGAAGUCAGGUAUUCAUCAAGAAUGCAGUUAGACUAAUUGUGAAUAAAUGACUGAAUUAAGAUAUAAUAAAUAAAAGCUAUAAUUAUAGAUAGCUCUUGUUAGAAUUUUCUUUAGCAAUAUUCCUGCCCCUCACCCCUUGUUUUGCCCUUAAUUUUUUUUCCUUUGAUGGGGAUAGUAUACACUGUACUGAGAAACUGUCAUUCAAUAAAUAUAUUUUGAGUGCUGUC